AUGGCUGAGCCUCUCAACCGUGAUGACGGGAUAUGGUGCAACGAACUCUUCACUCCCGGACCGGCGAGUUACUGCACUAGUAUUUCCAAGGUCGAUACGAAUGAAGAAGACCACGAGAAUGGGGAGGGGAUUCGUGUUAAACGGGAGUUGAGGAUGCAGUCUGAUACUCUUCCUUCCCCUGUUAUCAGACCUCAUUCGGCGAACGGUGCCCAUCCAGAUAUGGGGGAAGGGGCGGUGGCAGCAAGGAGUCAUACUGCGCCUGAGAAUCCUUGCUCGAAUUCUAGUGUUGAGAGGGAUUUCGGGGAUUUCGAGUUCCCGGACUAUAGGGAGAAAAUGAAUGCUCCGAUUUGA